GUUCGAUGAAGACAACAGACUCCAGGAUGUGCGUUCCGAUGCGCUUUCAAUCUAGACGCACUGUGUAGAUUGGUACAAGGGCAGAUGGUUUUCAAGAGACCCUCCAGGGGGCUGAUGGAAUGGCUCAAGUGAUAAGAGUGCCUGCCUAGCAAGCAAGAGACUUUGAGUUCAAACCCCAGUGCCACCAGGAAAAAAAAAAAAAAUUGUAAAAAAAAAAAGAGACCCUCCAGGUAGGCCCUGGUGGGCUGCCAGGGUGUGCACUACUCUAGGCUCUGGGACUUCCUCAGCUCCUCCCUUUGCCCAGUACCAAGGGGACUGGGGCUCUUACAAGGCAGCCAAUCAGUGUGAUAAGAACGAAGAUCAACAACUGCCACUAUCCAGGAAGGAUGAGCGCUCUGACAUUUUGGCAACACUUCACUAACAUUUUUCCCCUCUCCAGUUCUCUCUCUUCCCUUUUAUUUUCUGAAAUCCACUCACACAGAUUUCAUGCCCUUCCAGAAUGAGGGUCUGAGGCUCCUGGCUCUCUGAGACUCCCCCCACCAUAGCCUGUGACAGUCUCUUUGGUCCUUGAGGGGCUCCUCAGGCUUGCUGGGAACUCCCUUGAUUUUGGUUCUUCCAGGGGGUUCCUUUCCCAUCUGUAGGAGAAAGGUUCCAGCUGUGGUCCUGGGCCCUUAAAGCCACACAGCUUGUCCUGGUUUCGAAAGUAGACUACUUUGUCACUCCCCCACUUCCUCCAGCACCCUAAGCUUCUCUUUCUUCUGGAGCAUGUGGCCUAGAACCUUUCCAGCUAAGUCUCUCUGUCCUCCCAAACCCACUUCCCUCCCCAAGCAGGUCCUGCAUCUGUGCACACACUUCGGACAGCAUCCACCAAGAAGUGCUGGUACCAGGUGCUGACUUGCAGAAUCCCAGUUAAGUCCCAAGCUCAGUGCAGCGGAACCUCAGCUCAGACUGUGCUCCAGCCUGAGUGGAUGAAAAGAGGCCAGGGUUAGGAGCCGUGGGUCGCAGAGUAUUCAGGUCAUGUUCUGUCAAGACCCCUUUGGCUCGUGUGACCGUGCCCCAUAAAACAUCACCAACCCUGUCCCAGGGAAGAUGAGUGGUUUGGGGAUCCUCCGAGUUGUAACUUACUUUAAACACUGGUUUAAUGUUUUCCCACUUCUCCACCCCCUAUACACUCCCAAACCUGAAGGAUUCUAUCUGUCCUCUGCAGGUUGACAGCAAGCGAGAUAAUGUGAGAAGAUGAAUAACUAGAAGACAAGCGGGGCUUUGUGGUGCCACAAAGGAGGCACAAAGUGCUGUGAGAUUACAGGACAGAGAGGCUCCCUCUGGCUAGGAAGAGUGACAGAGCUUCCUAGAGGCAGUGGCAUUUGGAAAAGCUCGGAAAGGACAGAAAGACACUUUCUUCACCAGUGUGCUGAACACUCAGUCCCCAGCCUGUUGGGUUCCUGAAGGACCAAAGAGCCCUGCCCUGGAUUGGGAUCUUGGUUAGUCGCUGCUUCCUCUGCAUUCUACCACAAGCUCUUGGACAGGGUCUUGCUGUGUACUCCAGGCCAUUCUGGAACUUGAGACCCUCCUGCCUCUGUCUUCCAAGUGCUGGAAUCAUAGGACUGAAAUGCGCUGGUCCUAGUGGCUCUCUGAGAGGAUGUCCGGGGUGUCCGAGCCCCUGAGUCGAGUAAAGGUGGGCACAUUACGCCGGCCUGAGGGCCCUCUGGAGCCCAUGGUGGUGGUACCAGUAGAUGUGGAGAAGGAAGACGUGCGUAUCCUCAAGGUCUGCUUCUAUAGCAACAGCUUCAAUCCUGGGAAGAACUUCAAAUUGGUCAAAUGCACUGUACAGACGGAGGUCCGGGAGAUCAUCACAUCUAUUCUGCUGAGUGGGAGGAUUGGGCCCAACAUCCAGCUGGCUGAGUGCUAUGGACUGAGGCUAAAGCACAUGAAAUCAGAUGAGAUCCACUGGUUACAUCCACAGAUGACGGUGGGUGAGGUGCAGGACAAGUAUGAAUGUCUACACGUGGAAGCUGAAUGGAGGUACGACCUUCAAAUCCGCUACUUGCCAGAAGACUUUAUGGAGAGCCUGAAAGAAGAUAGGACCACGCUGCUUUAUUUUUACCAACAGCUUCGGAGUGACUACAUGCAGUGCUAUGCCAGCAAGGUCAGUGAGGGCAUGGCCCUGCAGCUGGGUUGUCUGGAGCUCAGGCGGUUCUUCAAGGAUAUGCCCCACAACGCACUUGACAAAAAGUCUAACUUCGAGCUCCUGGAAAAGGAAGUGGGGCUGGACCUGUUUUUCCCAAAGCAGAUGCAGGAGAACUUAAAGCCCAAGCAGUUCAGGAAGAUGAUCCAGCAGACCUUCCAGCAGUAUGCCUCACUGCGAGAGGAGGAGUGUGUCAUGAAGUUCUUCAACACCCUGGCAGGCUUUGCCAACAUCGACCAGGAGACCUAUCGCUGUGAACUCAUUCAAGGAUGGAACAUUACUGUGGACCUGGUCAUUGGCCCUAAAGGCAUCCGCCAGCUGACAAGUCAAGAUGCAAAGCCCACCUGCCUGGCUGAAUUCAAGCAGAUUAAGUCCAUUAGAUGUCUUCCACUGGAGGAAGGCCAGGCAGUGCUGCAGCUGGGCAUCGAAGGCGCCCCCCAGUCCCUGUCCAUCAAAACCUCGUCCCUGGCAGAGGCUGAGAACAUGGCAGACCUCAUAGACGGUUACUGCCGGCUACAGGGUGAACACAAAGGCUCUCUCAUCACCCAUCCCAAGAAAGAUGGUGAGAAGCGGGACGGCUUGCCCCAGAUCCCUACACUAAACCUGGAGGCUCGACGGUCCCACCUUUCAGAAAGCUGCAGCAUAGAAUCAGACAUCUAUGCAGAGAUUCCCGAUGAGACCCUGCGAAGGCCGGGAGGUCCACAGUAUGGUGUCACCCAUGAAGAUGUGGUCCUUAAUCAUAUUCUUGGCGAAGGCUUCUUUGGAGAGGUCUAUGAAGGGGUCUACACAAAUCAUAAAGGGGAGAAAAUCAACGUAGCCGUCAAGACUUGCAAGAAAGACUGCACCCUGGACAAUAAGGAGAAGUUCAUGAGUGAGGCAGUGAUAAUGAAGAAUUUGGACCACCCGCACAUUGUGAAGCUGAUCGGUAUCAUUGAAGAGGAGCCCACGUGGAUCAUUAUGGAAUUGUACCCCUAUGGGGAGCUGGGCCAUUACCUGGAACGAAACAAGAACUCCCUGAAGGUGCCCACCCUCGUCCUAUACUCGCUGCAGAUAUGCAAAGCCAUGGCCUACUUGGAAAGUAUCAACUGCGUGCACAGGGACAUCGCUGUCCGGAACAUCCUGGUGGCCUCUCCUGAAUGUGUGAAGCUGGGGGACUUUGGCCUUUCCCGGUACAUUGAAGAUGAAGACUAUUACAAAGCCUCUGUGACUCGUCUCCCCAUCAAAUGGAUGUCCCCAGAGUCUAUCAACUUCCGCCGUUUCACAACAGCCAGUGAUGUCUGGAUGUUCGCCGUGUGCAUGUGGGAGAUUCUGAGCUUCGGGAAGCAACCGUUCUUCUGGCUGGAAAACAAGGAUGUUAUUGGGGUCCUGGAGAAAGGAGACCGGCUGCCCAAGCCUGACCUCUGUCCACCUGUCCUUUACACCCUCAUGACCCGCUGCUGGGAUUAUGACCCCAGUGAUCGGCCCCGCUUCAUGGAGCUUGUGUGCAGUCUCAGUGACAUUUAUCAGAUGGAGAAGGACAUUGCCAUAGAGCAGGAAAGGAAUGCUCGCUACCGACCCCCCAAAAUCUUGGAGCCUGUCACCUACCAGGAACCCCCACCCAAGCCCAGUCGGCCCAAGUAUAGACCCCCUCCACAAACCAACCUGCUGGCUCCCAAGCUGCAGUUCCAGGAGGAGGACUUCAUCCGACCCAGUAGCCGAGAAGAGGCCCAGCAGCUCUGGGAGGCCGAGAAGAUCAAGAUGCGUCAAAUCCUGGACAAGCAGCAGAAGCAAAUGGUAGAAGAUUACCAGUGGCUGAGGCAGGAGGAGAAAUCCUUGGAUCCCAUGGUUUACAUGAAUGACAAGUCCCCAUUGACCCCAGAGAAGGAGGCUGGCUACACGGAGUUCACAGGGCCCCCACAGAAGCCACCGCGGCUGGGCGCACAGUCCAUCCAGCCCACUGCCAACCUGGACCGAACUGAUGACAUGGUGUACCUUAACGUCAUGGAGCUGGUGCGGGCAGUGUUGGAACUCAAGAAUGAGCUCUGCCAGCUGCCCCCCGAGGGCUACGUGGUGGUGGUGAAGAACGUGGGGCUGACUCUGCGGAAGCUUAUUGGGAGUGUGGACGACCUCUUGCCCUCCUUGCCAUCAUCUUCAAGGACAGAGAUUGAGGGGACCCAGAAGCUGCUCAACAAAGACCUGGCAGAGCUCAUCAACAAGAUGCGUUUGGCCCAGCAGAACGCUGUGACCUCCCUGAGCGAGGAGUGCAAGCGGCAGAUGCUCACCGCCUCCCACACCUUGGCCGUGGACGCCAAGAACCUGCUAGAUGCCGUGGACCAGGCCAAGGUUCAGGCCAACCUGGCCCACCCACCUGCAGAGUGACUGAGGGUGGGGGCACCUGCCUGCAUCUUCCACCCCCACCUGUCGUGUACCUCCCCUGCCUUGCCUUUGGUCAUGUGGUCUUCUGGGGAAGGCCGGCAGGAGCCUUUCCCUCGCCACUUUGCACGACCCCCCUCCCCACUCUACCCCAGACUGUGCUGCUCGGGAUGCAGCUGGACGGAGGGGACUCUGGACAUGGACAUGGGGUGGGAGAGAUGUAUAGCUCAGAGGGGGCACCGCUGCUGCCAGCCACUCCCUCCACCCCAGCCUGGGCGCUGGGGUCACAGUGGUGCCCCCAGCAGCCAAGGUGGCUUUAUGCAUGGACAUAGUGGGCCCCAUUUGGAAACCAAGCUAUCCCUUCUCCUUCCUCUUCAGACCUCAAGUGUCCCCUGAUGCACAGUGGGGCCUGGGAGGAGCUUUGUUUUGGAGGUCAGGAGGCUGAUGAGAUGAGGGAAGGGCUUGGAGCUCUUGUACAGUGUAUAUUGGAAUUUAUUUAAUGUGAGUUUGGUCUGGACUGACAGCAUGGGCCCUCCUGAGGGAGGACCUGGGACAUAGUCCAGGAACAAGCUAAUUGGGAAUCUAAGCACAGGACACCGUGCUGUUAUCAAACCACACGUUAGGGGAAGAAGCAGAGAGACAGAGGCCAGAACAGGAUUUGGACCGUGAUCUGCUCUCUUCCUGCAUCUGUCUUCUCUUGCUUACUUUCCCCAUUUUCAUACUCCUCUUUUUCUCCCUCCCCCCCUUUUCUCUUCUGCCCCCUCCCUUUCUCAUGUGUUUGUGUAGAACAUUCUUCUACCUUCUUUCUAUUUGACUUGUGGUUGAAUUAAAAUCAUUGCCAUUUGCUUUG